AUGGCCGUCGUGGACUAUGAUGACGCCCAGCGGAAGCUGGCUUAUACUUUGCUUUUGGAACUGAUGUCAUACCAGUUUGCCUCCCCCGUACGAUGGAUUGAAACUCAAGAUGUGGUCCUCAGCCAAUACCGGGCCGAACGCAUCGUGGAGAUCGGGCCGGCGGCCACACUGACCAACAUGAUGGCACAGACUGUCAAGUCCAAGUUCUUGCACAGUGAUCGAGCCUCCCUUCUGAAGCGGCAACUGCUGGCCUCGGAAAAACAGGGGAAGGAGAUCUACUACGAGUAUGACGCUCCGGUGGCGGCGGCGGCGGAAGCUCCCGUUCCCGCUUCCUUGGCACCUGAGGCAGCCAUCACCAAAUCAGUUGUGCCUGAGGCAGUCAAAGCUCCCACUCCCGUUGCGGUCCCUGUGCCUGAGGCAGUCAUCGACGACCAACCAGCCCGUGCUUUUGAAGUCAUCCGCACUCUCCUGUCCCGAGUCCUCAAGAUCGCUGUCACCGACAUCGUUGGCACCCAGAGUAUCAAAUCUCUCGCCGGUGGACGUUCUACCCUAGAAAAUGAAAUCAUCGGCGAUCUCAACAGCGAGUUCGGCUCCCUUCCUGACCGCGCCGAAGACCUCACCGUCACCGACCUCAGCGAUGCCCUGCAGAAGACUUUCACCGGCCAGAUGCGCAAGGUCAUGCUGAAGAUGCUGCACGCCAUGUUUGCCUCCAAGAUGCCCGGUCAAUUCACAGUGGCAACCACCAGGGCAUACCUGCAGUCUCGCUGGGGCCUUGGGUCCGGCCGACAAGAUUCGAUUUUGUUGCUCGCAAUCGCGCAACAACCAGCGAGCAGGAUCAGCGAGGAGCCUGAGGCAAAAAUCUUCUUUGAUGGGCUGGUGCAGGUCUAUGCAACGGAACACGGGUUGACACUGGGAGGCACAACGGGAGGCGGGGCGGAGGAGACCGCGGGCGGCCAUUCGAUGAUGCUGGAUCAUAAGACGCUGGAAGCGUUAACCGGAGGUCAGCAGGAGUUGUCCAAGGCGCUGUUGAAGCUUUAUUCAAAGCAUCUAGAUAUCGAUCUGGACCAGAAUCAACGCGCGUUGGAUGACCUGCAGGUGACGGUGGAGAAGGAUCUGCGGAAAGCGCUUGACCAGAUCCAACAGGAGCUGGGCGAAGACUUCACCUCUGGCGUACAGCCACAGUUCAGCGCUAAAAAGGCGAGACGCUUUGAUAGUGCUUGGAGCUGGGCGCUGCAGGACUUGCUGCAUUUGUACUACGAAGUGUCGAGGGGGGGCGGCGAGGGUGCGGAUGUGCUGCUGGCGACGAAGCGCUGCGAGCAUAUUCAGGAUGCGGCAGACCCCAGGCUAGUGGGUGUUCUUCAGCACAUCGUCGGUAAAUUCACCGAGCAGCCCUUGCUUUCAUCGUUGUUUACCCGUCUGGCGGAGCGGUGCCGCGAGUCCUUGCACCGCGGUCCCAAGUAUCUGGCGCGAGCAGACAGUCGGGGUCCCUGCACGACAAUCAGUGCCGCAGGCGACAUCUCUUACAGCGAGCAUGAACGCGCUGUAUCAGCUCCGCUUGCCGAUUUGGUAUACCUUCCCUGUACCGAGCCUCCGUUGGAGCCGUAUCUGCACCUGAAAGAGCGGACCGGUUCCUCCUGGAGAUACAGUCACGACCUCACGGAGCAGUAUCACGCCGUGCUUGAACAGGCUACAACCACCGGGGAGUCCUUCGUCGGCCGCGCGGUGCUUAUUACCGGCGCCGGAGUGGGAUCCAUCGGGGCUGAAGUUCUCAAGGGCCUGCUCUCCGGCGGUGCUCGCGUGAUCGUCACUACCAGCCGCUUCUCCCCCAGCGUGGUCCGCAAGUACCAGGAUCUCUACGCUCAAUUCGGUGCCCGCGAAUCCGAGCUGGUCGUCGUUCCUUUCAAUCAAGCUAGCUCCCAGGAUAUCUCCGCGCUAGUUGACUACAUUUACGACACCAAAGGGCUUCACUGGGAUCUCGACCAUAUCCUGCCGUUCGCAGCGAUCCCAGAAAACGGACGGACCAUAGAGAAGAUAGACCCGCACGCCGAGCUAGCCCAUCGAACCAUGAUGACCAACACCCUGCGUCUGUUGGGUGCGGUAAAAAGCCGCAAAGAAGCACAAGACUCGCAUACGCGACCCACCCAAGUGAUCCUACCUCUCUCGCCAAACCACGGCAUUUUUGGUGGAGACGGUCUGUACAGUGAGUCCAAGCUGGGGCUAGAAGCGCUCUUCAACCGCUGGCACUCCGAGGACUGGUCUGACUAUCUGUCGGUAUGCGGUGCGGUGAUUGGCUGGACUCGGGGGACGGGCCUCAUGAGCGGCAACAAUCUGGUCGCCGAGGGAAUUGAGCGCUUAGGGUGUCGAACUUUCUCCCAGCAAGAAAUGGCCCAGUGUCUCCUCUGCCUGAUGUUUAACCCUAUCUGCAGCCUCUGCGAGGAGGCACCUUUGUACGCCGACCUAGCCGGCCGCAUGGGUGCGGUGCAAGACCUCAGACAGAAAGUACAAGAAUUGCGCGCGGAGAUAAGUGAGACGGCGCAGACGCGCAAAGCCCUUCUUGAAGAGUUGGAUAUGGAAGCCAAAUGCUCCUCUGACGCUACAACAACCCCCACGGCUGCCGCCCAAACAGCCGCCCCUACCCCCGUCCCGAAAGCUCACGUCCGCCUCGACUUUCCCGAGGUUCUCGACUACGACCGCGACAUCAGGCCGCUCACGGCCGACUUGCAAGGCAUGGUCGACCUGGAGCGCAUAGUCGUGGUAACCGGGUUCGCCGAGCUCGGCCCCUGGGGCAACGCCCGCACCCGCUGGGAGAUGGAAGCCUACGGCGAGUUUUCGCUCGAAGGCUGCGUCGAGAUGGCCUGGCUGAUGGGGCUAAUUCGUUACGAGAAUGGCACCACGCCCGGCUGGGUCGACGCCAAGACCAAUGAGCCCGUUCUCGACCAUCAGAUCAAGCAGAAGUACGAAGAGCACAUCCUGGCUCACUCAGGCAUACGUCUCAUCGAACCGGAUCUAUUCGGUGGUUACGAUCCGGAACGCAAGCAGACGCUGCAUGAGGUACUCAUUCAAGAGGACUUCCCGCCCUUGGAGGUGCCCGAGACCACCGCGCAGCAACUGAAGCUGGAACACGGGGACAAGGUACAUAUCGCUCGCGAACCGGGGACCGACCAGUAUCGCGCCGUUCUGAAGAAAGGUGCGAAGCUGCUGGUACCUAAAGCGAUGCGGUUCGACCGCCUGGUGGCUGGGCAGAUCCCCACUGGUUGGGAUGCGAAGAAAUACGGCAUAUCGGACGAUCUCAUCUCGCAGGUUGACGCGGUCGCGCUGUACACUUUGGUUUGCUCGAUUGAGUCACUGCUCUCGUCUGGAAUUACAGACCCCUACGAGAUCUACCGCUACAUUCAUAUCUCCGAGGCAGGAAACUGCAUUGGUUCCGGCAUCGGCGGGACUAACUCGCUCCAGCAGAUGUAUCGCGACCGGUACCACGAGAAGGAAGUGCAGAAGGAUAUCCUCCAGGAGUCGUUCGUGAACACGAUCGGUGCCUGGGUCAAUAUGCUCCUGAUGUCGUCCGCCGGUCCUAUGCGCACCCCUGUUGGCGCCUGCGCGACCGCUAUUGAGUCGGUCGAGCUCGGCUAUGACACGCUCGUCAGCGGCAAAGCACAAUUUUGCUUCGUCGGCGGUGGCGACGACUUUGGCGAAGAGAUGUCAUACGAGUUUGCCAACAUGAAAGCCACCUCCAACGCAGUAGAUGAGUUUGAGCAAGGUCGCGAUGCGUCUGAGAUGUCCAGGCCCGCCGCCAGCACGCGCAACGGCUUCAUGGAGUCGCACGGCUGCGGUAUCCAGAUUCUCACAACUGCCAAACUCGCCUUGGAGAUGGGCCUGCCCGUCCGAGGUGUGAUUGCCUUCGUCGAGACUUCGAGUGACAAGGCAAGCCGGUCGGUGCCUGCGCCCGGAAAGGGCAUCCUCUCCAAGGCGCGUGAGGCGCAAAGCUCCUCAAGCAUCGCCUCGCCGCUACUCAAGCUCGCCAACCGGCGCAAACGCCUCGAGUUCCGCAAGAAGCAGAUCAAUUUCGCGCGCGAGGCCGCUCUCGAGGACCUCCAGCUCGAGGUGGCCAGUCUUAAGUCCUCCGAGGACGUGGAGGCGUACAUCCGCGAGCGCACCGCCCAGAUUGAGGCCGAAGCCCGCAAAGACCUUAAGAACGCCCGAUACCACCUCGGAAAUACCUUCUGGGCCGAUGAUCCGACCAUUGCGCCCCUGCGCGGCGCCCUGGCCGUCUGGGGUCUAGGGGUUGAUGAUCUUGGCGUCGCUUCCUUCCACGGGACGUCGACCAAGCUCAACGAGAAGAACGAGUGCGGUGUCAUCCAAAGACAGCUCUCGCAUCUCGGUCGUGCUAAAGGAAACGUCAUUCUCGGCGUGUUCCAGAAAUAUCUGACAGGCCACCCGAAAGGCGCGGCGGGCGCGUGGAUGUUAAACGGCGCGCUGCAGAUUCUUGAUACGGGCAUCGUGCCCGGCAACCGCAAUCUGGAUAACGUGGACGCGGAGCUGCAGCAGAACGAACAUAUCGCCUUCCUGAAUCGGUCCUUGGAGACGACAGGCUCUGGAGGCAUCCGCGCCAUCAGUGUGACUUCUUUCGGGUUUGGGCAAAAGGGCGCUCAGACAAUUGUCGUGCAUCCCAAGUAUCUAUUUGCCACUCUAGAGGGAGAGCAGGAGUAUCAGAUGUACGUGGACAAGCGUACUCAACGGCAGAAGAAGGCGGAUGCCUUCUUUUAUCGCGGGCUAGCCGCCAACAGUCUCUUUGAGUUGAAGACCGCUACGCCCUGGGCGCCGCAGAAGGAAUUGGAGACCCUUUUGGAUCCAACGGUGCGCUUCUAAACUGUGUGAGAAGAUAUUAUAAAAGAAGAUAUGAUCAACAGGAGGCACGGAGUUUGGGUUCUGGGCUUGUCUUAUUCGCUUUUUUUUAUUCCAGCUCACGUUCUUUAGUGCUUCAUGUCAGACAUAAGAAUAUAUAUGUAGGCUGAUGGCCGGGGUUCAAUUAGAAGUUCUCUCGUGGCUUUUCGAUAAUCAGUGUACGAGUUUAAGCCUCUUGAGUGUCUAGGUCUGGGAAAUGUCUUUUCAGCUUGCUUGAGUUUUAU